AUGCCUGGCACAUCCACUCUCAUGGCGCUUUUCUACUGCAUGUGCACACUCACAGCAGGAGAUGUUGCCAAAGACCAGACACCGGUCAUGCUGGUGGCGUUCCUCACAGUGUCCACUAGAGGACGCAGUGCGAGUUCUCAACAAGUGCCCCUGAAAGUGAAGUCAAAACAGUUCGAUCGCCAUCUGGUGGCUGGCUGCAUUUGGUCAUCAACCAUUAAAGCUAAAGAUGAACACCGCUCUGCUUUCUUUGGAGAGGAUGUUCAUAUUCCCGUGCCGGCUUUAGACACAACAGAGGUGUUGUUCAAGCCGAGAGUGGAUGCGUUGUUAGGGCGGGUUCUCCUGCAGGACGGGAAAAUUCUGGAUUCAAGAGCCAAACUGAACAUUCACAUCAGCCAUUUGAUCCUGGAGGAUGUGGGCGAGGAGGAUGAGGGCACGUAUGUGGUGAAGAAUUCUGCGGCCCCGGCUGAUGUCAGACGAAUCAUUCUCAUUGUUCGAGAUUGUGCACUAGAGACUGUGGUGAAAUAUGGAGACACGUAUCAUAUCCCGAUCAACCCUUCGAUUGGUCCAUACACGCUUGAGUUCAGGCCUGAAGCUCGAACUCCAGUUUACCAGACCACAGAGGAACCGCCUGUGCUGCUUCUCAACCAGAUCGGCAUCCCCACGCAAGAGUACGAGCACCGCCUCACUGUGGGCGAGAAGAGGGUCAACCUCCAUUUGGUUACCGGAGCUGAUGAGGGCAGCUACACCGUCGUGGACAGUGAUGAAAAAGUCAGAACGAGGGCCUGCCUCAACGUGAAAGACCACCAGAUCUUUGAGCACUUGAAUUAUGGUGAAACCUUGAAGAUCAUGCUUCACGUGGACUACACCAAAGCCAAAAUGGUCUACUUCACGGACACUGACUACAAGGAACGACUCAUCAUGGACCAGGGGGAGCUGACGGUACCUGUCGACUCUGCGUUUGAGGGUCGAGAGUCUGUGGAAGGAUCCAUGUUCUACUUGAAGAAGGUCAAAGUCGGUGACAACGGUGUCUUUCGAGUGAUGGACUCUUCAGGCUUCCGCAUAGCUGAUGUCUACCUUCAUGUGGAGCCCUAUAAGCUGCCACAGCUUUAUCUGGCGAUCAUCUCCUUGGUGUCUCUGCUGGCGUUCCUGCUGUUAGUGUGUCUGUUGUCCUGUCUGAUCAAGGUUCACCGUCGGGCAGAGAGAGCACGUAAAAUCACCCUAAUCGCUCAACAGGCCGGCAAGGGUGAUGGAGAGGUGUUCAGACAGGUGGUUCAUGAAGCUUAUACUAGAUUCACAGAGGAGCCCACCGUACAGUCCACAUGGGAGAACAACACUGAAAGCACAGAAGUUGAGAUCAAAGGUCUUGAGGUAUCAAAACCAGGUCAGUACCAGGUCCUCCAAUCUGACAAAAACUUCUUGGAGAUGAAUGACUCAGGCGUGGAGUUCAACUCGUCUGCACUUCCUCUGGACAGUGACACAGACGUACCCGACAAUCUCGCCUCUCACAAGAUCCUGCUCGAGUCUGACACUCUCGCUGGUGUCCCGCCGGCCAUUUCUGAGGGUGACCACAGUGCCACUCGCACCCCUGAUUCCAUUCUGAGCGUCAGCCCUGCUGUCCAGCCCAAAUCUGCAGCUCAGAUAGAUGGUGACUUGAUUGGCGCGACCACACCUGAGGAAAUUACAAAAGCAAAUGAAUCGGAUGCAAAGAUGAGCAAAGAUGCUUCACCAUAUUCAGAGAAAGCAUUGGAUCCAAGUAAUGGAACCACAACCUGAGCACUUUGAAGUAAACUGAGUCACACUAACCAGUGUGGCCACUGUUCAUUCAUAACAUCUCACCGUUUGAUGUCUAAAAUGACCCAGCACAUCUUGCUGGGCUCAUCUGAUGCUUAACAAAUGGUUUCUCGAACAAGCAGAAACACUGAUUCUAGAAGAACAAAAGAACAAAUCCAAGAGAAGACAACAAAAUUCACA